CGCGCAGCCAACUUAACAUCAUUUGUAAGCAAAUUUGUGCAGGGUUUUAAUCGAAAUUCACCGCAUUUAUUUGCUUCUGCUUAAAUAAAGUAUUCCAAUUACAACAACCGCAAAUAAGGCGGCAAACAGUUAAGUUUUCUUCGUUUAACAACCAUAAAUACGAUCCACUUUAGUUCAACGUAAUAAAAUCUCAUAAUGGAUACCUAUUUAUUCGAUGGCGGACGCAUUACCAAAAUGGAGGUGGACUAUGAACCUGCCUGCAAUGAGAAAAUUCCGAUGGCCAAGGAGUUGGCCAAGAAGAAUCCCGACGCCUUUCAUGAAGCGAUCGAAAUGAUGCUUCAGCUGGAGAAACAAACACGUCUGGGUGCUGACAUGGUAUCCUGCUCACGGGUGCUCGUGGCCAUCUGCCAGAUAUGCCUCCAGGCAGGUAACUGGAAUGCAUUAAACGAGUAUGUAUCACUUUUGGUGCGUCGCCGUUCUCAACUGAAGCAGGCGGUGGUCAAGAUGAUCCAGGAAUGCUGUACAUAUGUGGACAAGACGCCCGAUAAGGAGACCAAGCUAAAGCUGAUAGAUACGCUGCGUUCCGUAACCGAAGGCAAAAUCUAUGUAGAAAUUGAACGUGCACGUUUAACUAAAAUUUUGGCAGACAUUAAGGAAGCUGAUGGCGAUGUGUCAGCUGCAGCUGCAGUCAUGGAAGAGCUGCAAGUGGAAACCUAUGGCUCAAUGGAUAAGCGUGAAAAGGUCGAGCUCAUAUUAGAGCAAAUGCGCCUGUGUCUGCUGAAGGAGGACUUUGUGUCCACCCAGAUUAUUGCAAAGAAAAUCAGUAUCAAAUUUUUUGAUGAUCCGGCACAACAUGAUCUUAAGUUAAAAUUCUAUAAUCUAAUGAUACAACUCAAUCGAGAUACAUCAUUUCUGAAUACAUCUCGUCACUAUCAAGCUAUUGCGGAACCGCCACGUAAAAAGACACCAUCAGCCGUAGAGUCAUCUACUGGAGAUGAAAAGAAAAAGAGUGACGAUAAAAAGACAAAAGAGGAGGAUGAUAAAAAAUCAGAAGCCGAUUUGGCUGUUGAGCCAGAAAUUGAACUGACAGAUGCGCAGAAAAAGGAGCUCACAGACAAGCUGGUCUGCGCUGUGCUCUACUGCGUACUUGCUCCCUUUGACAACGAGCAGAGUGAUAUGAUGGCGCAUUUAUCAAAGAACAAGAAACUGGAGGAUGUCCUUGCCUACAAGGAAAUACUGCGUCUGUUCAUGUCGAAGGAGCUUAUAAAUUUUGAUACGUUCAAUGCGGACUUUGGCACGGUCUUGGCCGAGAACGAUAUGUUCAAAGAUAACAGCAAGCAUGGCAAGAAAUGCAUCACUGAGUUAAAGGACCGAUUGAUAGAGCACAACAUACGUAUCAUAGCGAUGUAUUACUCACGACUGCAUUUGACGCGUAUGAGUGAACUGUUGAAUUUACCCACAAAUCGCUGUGAGGAGUAUCUAUCCAAAUUGGCAAACAGUGACACAAUACGUGUGAAGAUUGAUAGACCGGCUGGCAUUAUCUAUUUUACAACAAAGAAGAGUGCUUCGGAUAUUUUGAACAAUUGGGCAACCGAUGUAAAUCAGCUGAUGUCCCUUGUCAACAAAACAUGUCAUUUGAUUAAUAAGGAGGAAUGCGUCUACUCAGUUAUGUGUGCCGUCGAAGAAUAAUAGCAUUUUAAGUUUAUUGUAUUUUCUUUUUGAAGCAUCUGCCCAUAAACAUACAUUUAUUGUAAUACCAACUAACCAACUACAAAUUAAUUACUUUGCAAAAGUUUGUAUUCAUAGAAUGAAAUACAAUAAUUAAAACAA